AUGGCCGCCCUCCAAGAAGCCCUUGAAUGUCUCGCCCCAACAACCUGGGACGAGGUGCCCACAGACCCCUCCUCCCUCCGCACCUACAUCAACGACCUCUCCACGAAAGCCCACCUCAUCGUCAACUCCGUCCCAGAACCCCCUCCAGCAACUACUACCACUACCACCCAUCAAGUCAAACCCUCCCCCGCCAGACUCAACACCACAGACCCAACCCUCCAAUCCCUCCAACAACAAUGGAGCAAACCCAUCAAAGUCUCCAGCACAAGAGACAACCCCCUCGACCUUUUAAUCCACAAACUCCCCGGCAACGACGGCAAAGGCCACUGGUUCGGUCGUCGCAGCGUCCACGAGGGCCUCCCCUUCUCCACAUGGCAGGCGAAGCUCUCGAGUGAGAUGACCGAGACGCUGAAGGCGAAUCGCGAGCGCAUGAAGCACGGCCAGACGCCUGACCAGUCGGUCCGCGGCAUUGGGGCUGAGAAGCAGGUCGAGACGAUUGAGGUGAAGGAUGAGAGUGGGGAGAAGGUGUUGGCUCAUGUAACUGUUUUUCAUGUUUCGGCGCAGUUUCCGAAGCCCACGACGCCGAGGGAUUUUGUUUCCUUGAUUGUUAGUUGGGAGGUUGGGGUUGAGGAGGGGGGACGGUUUUGGAUGAUGGUUUCGAAGCCUGUUGAGCAUGCUGAUGCGCCGCCUUGUCAGGGGUAUAUUCGGGGGCAGUACGAGUCUGUUGAGUUUAUUAGGGAGAUUCCGGUUAAGAGGGGAGGUGGCGGUGAUGCGCAGGGUGUGGUUGAGGGGUCUAGUAAUGGGGUGAUUGAGGCGGCUUCGAAAGAGAAGCAGGGGAGUGGUGCUGAGGAGGAGACGAACCCUGUCGAGUGGAUUAUGGUGACAAGGAGUGACCCCGGAGGUAAUAUACCUCGGUGGAUGGUUGAGAAGGGCACGCCUAAGAGUAUCUGCUCGGAUGCGGUCAAGUUUCUGGACUGGGCUUGUCGCGAUCCCAACUCGGUUUCUGAGCCAGGUAUGGACGACGGUCGCCACAAGAGACGGAGAAACAGUCUACAUACGGCUGGCGUGCAGGAAGAUGAAGAUAGUGAGAUCAGCGAUUCCGAAUUUUCGGAUACCGAGGUGGAACAUCAUGGUCUCAUUGCCAGCUUUGCCUAUCUACUCAACGCUGGGUUGGAGCGAUACGCCCCUCAGGCUGUGCUGGACUAUAUACCAGGUCACUCACACCAUCCAUCAGGAGAUAUGUCUGAUGUUACUACGGAGGAUGGAGAGAGAGCACCCAGGUCUAGUGGGGACCCCGUCCCGCAAAGGGAUGCAACAGAAAGAGACAAGGAUGAUACGAGAUCUCAACUUUCACAGGAUAAAGCGUCCUCGAUAAACUCCGGCCUCGCCACUCCCAUCGAAGCUGGGCACCACGACAUUCCUCCGGUGGACUUGAUGAAGAUCGAGAAGAAGGACGGCAAGCUAACCUCGCAUGAGAAACAGCUGGCUAAACUAGCCCAGCGCAAGCGUGAAGUCGAGGCACAACUAGACCGAGUACGAGAAGACAUCAGAUCCCUCCAUCUACCGUCCCGCGAAGAAGGGUUCAAGAGAGACAAAGCAUCUGCAGCUGCUUUGGCAGCCGCCGACGCCAGCAAUGAUCAAUUGAGCACCAGUGCAGGCAGCAGCAACCAGCGGAAAACACCCGAAAGCCGUUCGUCGAGCAGUAAUAACCUAGCCCAUCCUGCAAACAGCCGCGACCCGGCAAAGAUGCACAAGGUCGCUUCUGGCUUAUUCAGCGAGGAAUCCAAGCUCCUCAAGCAGCUUGGGAAGAUCGAGAAGCAUCAGCUCAAGGAGGCGUCAAAGAUUGAGUCUAAACAGCGAAAGCAAGCAGAACAGGAAGAAAAGACGAAGUCUCGAACGGAGAAUGAUAUUUUGCGCCAUGAGAAUGAGCAUUUGAGGAAAGAGCUCGAGCGGCUUAGGAAUGAGCGACGACAAUGGCUCGAGCUGAUCGCGUCGUUGCAAACAGAGAACACGAAUUUGGCGGCGGCAGCUGGAAAGAAAAGUGAUGCUUGA